UAAUAUAGUAAAGGUAUAAUCGCCUAUAUCACACGGAGUAAUGCGAGCUAUUCGUCCAUCUCGACACAACAAUGGCCGCCCCCGUAGUUACGUGUACAUGCAGAACCUGCUCGAAGGCUCGCGUAACACUCGAGAGAAUCUUCAACGUGUUAGAUACAUACGGCUGGUUGUUAGACUCGUAUGUCGUGGAUUUCUUCCAAGAGCAAUUGUGGAAGAGACUGCCGAACAGCUGGAAGACCACUUUGCAAACCGUGUCGCCCGACGAAUUCGGAAAGUGGUUAGCUGGCGACAUCUCGUGUUCACGCGUAUGGCCAUUGUCGUUGCUGACACUUCGACAGGUUGCAAAGAAUUUGCAACUAAAUAGAGAUCAUCAAAAUGAUAAAAACGUCUGGCGAUGCAAUGGAAGAAAAAAUAUUGAAAAGAAUUCGGAAAAUUUUGUCCUGGAACGUAAAAAUGAAGGAUUACAUGAUUCCCAGAAAAAACAUAAUCUCUUUUUGAAACACGUUAAAAUAAAAAAACGCCAUGAGAUACAACAGAUAGCGCAGGUAUGCGCAGACUGUGCACAAGAGUCCAACGCUGAGUGCAUUGUAGAUGUUGGAGCAGGCGUGGGUCAUUUAGCCAGAUCUCUAGCAUUUAAAUACGAUCUACAUGUAAUGUGUAUCGAACAAGACGCAUUAUUGUCACAGCAAGCCAGAAAAUGGGAUAAGGAAUUGUUAGUGUCUCUAUCUAAACAUCUACCUAACUUGCCAGUAAAUAUGCCACAACACAUUUCAAUCAAACUGGAGGAUACUGAUUCUGAUCUGUCAGAAACAAUCAAGGACAUAAAAAGAACUUUCUCCGAUAAUUUUAAUUUAAAUAAAAAGAAAUCUGGAUUUGGCAUUGUGGGACUACAUCCAUGUGGAGAUCUUGCAGCCACGUUACUGAGACUUUACACAUCUCAAUGUGAGAUAAGAUUUAUUUGUAUUGUGGGGUGCUGUUACAUGAAGCUGACAUUAAAAAAUCCAGCGAAUGUUUCAAAUGGAUAUCCACUCAGUAAAUAUCUGUCUUCAUUCACAAAACACAAAUUGUCCUAUACAGCGUUAGAAGUGGCAUGUCAUGCUAUUGAGAGCUACUGUGACAAAUUAAAGACUGGGAACUAUGAAGAUUUAAUAGUGCACGCUUAUAGAGCCGCUUUAGAAACCGUUCUAGUAAAACAAAAUAGCCAGCUACGUCACACUCAAGUGAGAAACGUCAAAGUGACGAAACCUGUUACGUUUGAACAAUAUUGCAUAGCCGCAACUGCAGAUUUCGAGCCAAAUCUCCGACCUAAAGAUUCAGAUUUACAAAAUCCGCAAAUAAAAUGUUAUCUAAAUCAGUGGCGGCAGAUUGUGAUAUUCGGAGCAUUGCGUACAAUGAUAGCACCAUUGGUGGAAACUGUGGUGUUGUUAGACAGAUUCCUGUAUCUAUCCGAAAAUAAUUUGAUUCCUAUAUUGAAGCCUGUUUUUAAUCCCAGAUUGUCUCCUCGACAUUUUUUAUUGUUAUCGAUGAAAAAUACUGAACAAUCGCUCUCUUGA